CCUUGUUUGAUUUCCAUUCCGACAUGGCAUUAUCAUCUGCAUUCUCAACUCUCAACUCUUAAGCCAGCCAAAGAAAAAACAAUAACAGCUCUCUUCAGUUCGGUGUGUUCCAUCACCCAUAAUAAUAUCCGCCCAUGGCAGCUUAUUCCUUCACUCUAUCAUCCUCCUUCACCCAACCUAAGCCCUCAAUUUAUGGAUUAAAACCCUUUAAUCUGUCCUUAAACGCUUCAUUUCCGCUCAAAUACCAGCAUAAGUACCAGACUUUCAGGAUAGCUGCAAGUUCGGUUUCCAUCAACAAUCCAGGACUGCGAACCGGUCCAGAUGAACUAGUUGCUUCUAUUAUCUCCAAGGUGAUGCAAACGGAUGGUGGAGUUUCACUGACCAAAAAAGAGCACGAAGAGGUAGCUCAAGUAGCUAACGAGUUGAAGAAAUAUUGCGUAGAUGAACCAGUAAAAUGUCCUUUAAUCUUCGGAGAGUGGGAUGUGGUGUACUGUUCGAGGCCUACAUCACCAGGAGGCGGCUACAGAAGUGCAUUCGGGCGCCUCUUCUUCAGGACCAAGGAAAUGAUUCAGGCUGUCGAAGCUCCUGACACCGUCCGAAACAAAGUCUCCUUCUCUAUUUUUGGGUUUCUUGAUGGAGAGGUUUCCUUGAAAGGAAAGCUAAAGGCAAUGGAUAAUCAAUGGGUUCAAGUCAUUUUUGAGCCACCUGAACUGAAGGUAGGUGCAUUGGAUUUCCGAUAUGGUGGUGAGAGUGAGGUCAAGCUGCAGAUCACAUAUAUAGAUGAGAAGGUCAGACUGGGAAAGGGCUCUAGAGGUUCCUUAUUUGUAUUUCAAAGGCGUGGAUAGGUGUGGAAGAUUGAUGCUUACGGAUUCAUGUUUAGAAUACUUUAAGAUCCUUAUGCAGUGCCCAUAAUUGCUGACAUCGUGAAACUGGCGCAACUGUCUCGUAAAUGAUGGACAAAACCAUGCUACCUAAGUUGUUGAAUCAAAAUGUCCUCUUUUUCCUGGUAUUGGAUUUGUGUCCGUGUGUGAUUCUGCCCAUCUGUCUAGAGCAUGAGAGAUUUAACCUUGCAGAAACAUGCCUACAGUUUCUACAUUUUCCACUUGCUAAUGCGAAAUGUGUUAUGUCUGGGAAUGUUUUGAGUAUUAAGAACAUCAUUUUGAUUAAUCAAAUAACACAAUUUAAUCACUCAGUACGAUAUGGUGGAUCAUGCUUGACUCAACUGUAGAGUGAAAAUGCAA